AUCGCACUUCUUAUAGCCUGGCGUUCAAGCCGACCGAGCACAGCCAAGGCUGAGCCUCACGGGACGAACUGAGCGCUUUCUCUUUCCCAAUGUUUUGGUUUGAAUUUGCUAUCAUGACCUAGACGGCACCUGGGACCUCCUGCAAGGCUGGGCAGGAGGGGCCUACCCCGCGCGGGAAAAUGGGCCUACUCGAGGAUUCCCAUGCCGGGCUCUUUGCAAAUGCAACGACUGGCAUGCAGGAGUGUAUUAAAGAUAUUGAGGAGAAGGCGAUGAGCCUGUCUGAAGCGGACCUCGAGAACCGUCUCGCCGAUACCCGUCCCCGUACUAUCAGCCAGCUUAAUGAUGCUAUUCAACAGAAGUUAAACACGCUACUGUCCAUAAGCGGCUCCACGUUGGACCCGAACAAGAUGCUUCAGCAACUGGGUGCGUUGUUCGUCGAGAAGCGCCUGCGCUUGCAGCAGCAGAAACAGCAGCAGCAGAAGCAGAAGCCGGCGUCGAAGGAAUGGCUCAAUCUGGCCGCGCGCAACCAGGCGGAGGCUGGGGAGGCCCAAGGCUGGGCGGCAGAUGCCCGCGUGGCUGGUUCAGCGGCUGUUCCAGCGGCUGGGCGUGCGGCAGCCGGCCCGCCGCAGCGGUUGCAGAGCGUGAACGGCGGCAACCCAUUCGUACGGCGCACUCCUGGCAGCGCCCAGGCAGCCGCGGCACAAGGCAAGCUGCAAGGGCCACCACGCCCGCCGGUGGGCAACCAGCAGGGGAGUCGGUUGCAGCGGCAACUGCUCGCCGGCGCCAGCGGCCCUUCUACGUCAACAGCCGCGCCGGCGGGCGCAGCCGCUGCAGCUCCAGGCCUGCGGCGCCUGCGGUCAGGAAGCGGCGGUGGCGAAGACAGCAUCACGGUGCUGGAGGACGGCACCAGCACAGGGAUAUGCCGGAGCUGCAGGAAAAAGUCAAUACUGGAAGGAGGAGAUCCGUGGUGCUUGGAUUGCGCCGAAGCUGCUCGGGACGCCGAAGCUGUUCUGGACGCCGGGGCCAACAAGGCCAGGGGCGUUGCGGGGAGGAAGAACCGGGAGUUGGAGCGGCUGCAACAACCUGGCGCGAUGAAGCCUGCGUACAGGCCGGGGCCGGCGCCCUUAAAGCCCCAAGUGCCGCCGAUCGGGAGCCGGAACUUUUACCAGCAGUCCGGCGCAGGCGGUGCGGCUGGUGCAGGCGGCGGCGCGGCUGGUGCGUCCGGCAGGCCGCAGCGGCAAGCGGCAAAGCUUACGGCAGCAGGCGCCGCAGGUGCAGCGGGAGGCGCCGCCGGGGAGUUGACACGGGACUACCCCCGCUCGCGACCGCGCAAGCCGGCGCCCGAGCAAGCGCAGGAGCAGUCACAGGAGGGCCCCAUCGAGCUGCUGGACAGCGACGACGACGUGGAGGACACCACCGCCGUGGCGGCGGCUGGCAACCGCGGCGGAGCCGCGGGCCCCGGCCCCUCUUCCGCCGCCGCGGCCGCGGCCGGCGGCGGCAUGACCACCCGCCGCGGCACCAAGCUCCCCGGCCCGGCCCGCAAGCCCGACCUGCGCGGCGACUACCGGCAGCUGCACGUGAUGCUGGCGGGGCUCAAGUGCUGCUACCCGCCGGCCGGCGGCAAGCAGAGCGUGGAGGUGCUGGCGGAGGACCUGGCGCGACUGCAGCCGGGCGAGUUCCUCAACGACACCUGCAUCGACUUCUACAUGAAAUACCUGGAGCACCAGCUGCCGCCGGAUCAGCGCCACCGCUACCACUUCUUCAACAGCUUCUUCCUCAAGAAGCUGCAGGAGAAGCCCAAGAGCGUCAAGACGGCCGACGGGCAGGGCGGCAAGAGCCCGGGGGUGCCAGAGCAGCGGCGGCUUGCGCACCAACGCGUGAGGAAAUGGACUAAGGGCGUGGACCUGUUCUCCAAGGACUACAUCUUCGUGCCUAUCCAUGGCUACCUGCACUGGAGCCUGGUGCUCAUCUGCCACCCGGGCAACAUAGUGCGGAAGAAGCCCUACAAGGCGCCGCUGCCGGCCGGCGAGGAGCUGGAGCGGGAGGAGCAGGCGGAGCAGGAGGAGCAGGGGAUCGGCACGCCCGCCCUGCUGCACUUUGACUCGCUGGACGGCACACACUCCACGAAUCAGCACUGGCCGACUCUUCGCGCCUACCUUCAGCACGAGUGGGAAGAGCGGGCCGGGGACGACAGCCAGCCCGACAGCGUGCCGCGCCGCUGGGCCAAGAGCUGGGAGGCGGCAGUGGCCGCGGGCCUGGUGCCAGCGCCGCCCAAGAUCCAUUGGGCUGCCAAGGACUUGCUGCGGGGCGUCUCUCUCAGCGGCCGCCUGCCCAAGCAGACAAACCACACAGACUGCGGGCUCUUCCUGCUGGCCUACAUCGAGUUCUUCACCGCCGCCAACCCCAAGGUGGUCGUGGUCAAUGGCUGCGAUGCCAAAGACGUGCUGCCGUUCGACUACAACAAGGAGGCCGCCUCGCCGGCAACCUUCAUGAAACCUGAUUGGUUCGACCGCGCCAACACCGCCCGCCUGCGCGACCGCAUGCGCGCACUCAUCUGCGGCCUCAUGAAACAGCGCCUGGACGAGAAGUUGGAGGCGGACGCGGCCGCCGCAAGGGCGAUGGCGUUGACCGCCGUGGCCGCCGCGGCGGAGGGCGAGGACCAGAACGGCGACGGUGACGGUGGGCAGGAGCAGGUGGCGGAGGUGGCGGAGGCCAAGGCGGCGGCGGACAAGGCGCGGGCGGAGGCGCUGGGGGCGCUGGCGCAGGACCCCAAGUACGUGGUGCUGUGCCGCGUGCUGCAGGAGCAAGAGCGGAAGCGGCAGGAGCUGGAGGAGAAGCCCCUGGACGAGAAGCAGCCGGGCAUCGUGUACCUGCAGCCAAAAGAUUACCUCCACCUGCGCACCGUCAACCCCAGCGGCUUCGACGCGGCGGCACGGCGGCGCGGCGGCGCGGCGGACGACUCGGAUGUGCUCAUGGAUUCGGACGACGACGAGGACGGGCGAGACGGCAUGGAGGACGCGGCAGCCGUGAUCGUGACACCUGCCAAGCACUACACGCGGGGGGCCAAGAAGGCCGUGCAGGCCGCUGAGGCGGGGCGCACGGCACGCAACCAGAAGGCCCCGGCGACAGCAGCUGCCGCAGCCGCGCUAACGGUGGACCUGAGCGAGCCCGACGGCGCAGCGGGCGCGGCGGCGGCGGCAGCGGGCGCGGGCGGGGGCGGCUCAGGGGCGGGCCAUGACGUGGUGGACCUGCAGGACGAGGGCGACUUCGACGACAACAGCACGGAGCCGGACACGGACGUCGCGGAGGCGGCGGCGCCGGGCGCUGAGCCACAGCAGCAACAGCAGCAACAGCAGCAACAGCAGCAACAGCAGCAACAGCUGCAACAGCUGCAACAGCAACAGCAGCAACAGCAGCAACAGCAGGCGGCGCCGGCCGAGGAUGAGGCCGAGAAUGAGGACAUGGAGUCUGAGGACGCGACACAGGGUGACGCGGGAGCGGAGGGCGCGCAGCCCAUGGACCUGGACGGCGGCGGCGGUGGCGGUGGUGGCGGCGGCGAGGAGGAGGAUUUUGGGACGGAGCCGGACGAGCUGGCCGCUGCGCGGGCGGAGGAGUGGGAUGACGAGGAGGAGUACGGCGAUGCGGUAGAGGACGUCUUCGCAGACGAUGAGGCCGCGGAAGAGGCGGCGGAGGCUGAGGAGGCACAGCAGCAGGAGCAGGCGCUUGGCUCUGGGAAGAAGCAGCGAGCCGCGACCGAGCUGGAGGCGCUGCCACCCGCCAAGCGGCCAAAGCAGGGCGCUGACGCAGCGGACGAUGGCCUGGGCGGGGCAGUCGGGCGGCGCCAGCAGCCGCAGCAGCAGCCGGCUGACGUGAAGGACAUGGACAGCAACAGCGAUGAGGAGGACAAUAUGCAGCUGGUGCGCAGGGGCAGCGCGGCGACGGCGGGGCAGGCGGCAACGUGGUCACAGGCAGCGGCCGACACGGGAGGGGGACUGGAGGAGCAGCCGGGGGAGGAGGAGGGGGAGGAGGAGGGGGCAUCCGACGACGAUGAGGCAGACCCGGAGCACCUGCCAGGCCGUACGGGGGCGGCCAGAGCGGCGUCUGAGCCCAAGGGUCGGGGCGGGGCAGCGCCUGGAGGCCACGGCUAUGUCGGACAGUCAAAAAUGCUUCUGAGCAGGCUCAGCACGGGCCACGAAGGGGCGCCUGCCGCGGCAGCCCAGGAGGCAGCCGGGAAGGAGGCAGAGGCGGGGGCCCAUGAGGCGCACGAGGGGCCGCCGUCGGCCGCUGCCGCGACAGACGGCAUGGCGGCGAGCUCGGGCGGCAAAGCCUCUGCCGGCAAGUCGUUGAAGCGGCGGAAGGACCCCACGCCGCUGCCGGGCGGGCCUGCGGCUCCUUCGCCAGCGGCAGCUGCGACCGCGCCGCCCACUGGCCCUGACCAGCAGGCCGUGGCGGCGGCGCAGCCGCACGGCGAGCGGCACGACAAGUCCUGUGAAAGCAUGUUUGCCAGGCUGGUUAAGGCACGAGCCAACAAGCCCGGCAGCGGCCGCACGCCGGAUGUGGCACAUGGGCCAGCGGUGCUUGCCGCGGCCGCGCUGCGGGGCCAGGCUGCGGGUCGGCAGCGGCAUCAAGACCUACCGCACUACGUGCAGCAUCACGGGCAGCAGCUGCUGCGCGGCGCCGCGGCCGGUACUGCGCGAUUGCACGUGCACUUCGAUGAUAACGGCAACCCGUGUGACGCGCCGGCGGACCCAAACGCCAUGGCGGCCGCCGCAAGCAGCGGGCCUGACCCGCAACAGCUACGGGCGGCGGCCGCGGUCGGACGCACGCCAGGGAGCGAGGCGCAGGGCGGCGGGGAGCCACAUCGGCAGGGCCAGCACCAGCACCCGGAGCAGCACCCACACCAGCUUCAGCACCAGCAGCAUCCACAUCACCAGCAGCAAGCGCAACCGCAACCGACACCUUGUCCGCUUCCGCCGUACGUGCCAUCCGAGUCGCCGCCGAAGAAGCCUAGGGUGGUACCGCUUGGGCGACCUGCUCAGCAACCGCCCACGCCCACCAACAACCGGGCGGCGCUGGAUGCGUGCAAGACGCACAUGCCAGGCGGCGGCAUCACCAGUGCACAUGCGGCGGUGACUGCAGCGGCAGGUCCCUCCUCGCAGCUCAACCCCAAGACAAAUCGCUUGGCGCUGCCAGCAGGGCCAUACGGCCUGACGCCCCGGCCCGUGUCGCUCUCCACGUCGGCGUUACCCGGCAUGCCGUGUCCGCCCGGCUUCACCGCCGGUGCUACUGCUGCUGCCGCUGCUGCUGCUUCAGCUGCUGCCGGGGCCGCGGCGCGGUUCCAGCCCAACAGCCGUGCAAACGCGGCGGACUUUGAUCCGGAUUUGAGGAUUGAUCUUAGCUAUCCGCAGCCUGGGCAGCUGCAGCCGCCGGCACCUGCACCGCCCCAUCACAUGUCUGGCCGCGCUCGCCUGGACCCGGUCCAUGAUGGCAUCCCGAUGCGCGCCGAUGAGACGCAGCAGCAGCUUGAGGCUGCGGUAUGGCCUACGGACGCAGGCAGGCAGCCGAGGCCCGUGCCGCAGGCAGCGCGGCAGCCGGCCGCAGCUCAGGACGCAGCGGGGAGUGGUGGCGGCGGUGGCGGUGGCGGUGGCGGUGGCGGUGGCGGCGCUUUCACUCCUAGCGAGUUAUUCGGAUUCCAGGUCAGCCCGGCCAUCGCUCCACCGCGAGACUCAAUCAGGAUGCAGGAAUUGCGGCGCGGGAUAAGCAGUGGCAGUGGUGCCAAGCAGUCUGCUGCGGGCACACCGCGGGCGCAAACGCACGCCGGACAAUUGCCUCCGCAUCUGCACCCCUUGAACAACAGCGUUGGUUCAGCCGCAGGCGGUCAACAGUCGCCGCAACAGCAACAGCACCAUCAACAGCUGCAGCCUUAUCAUCAGGGGGUCUACGCGCAAGGCUCACAGCAGUCGCGGCAGAGCGGCGGCGGCGGCGGCGGCACGUGGAGUAGCGGCAGGGCGGCGGCGGCGGACGCACUGCAAGGCGACAGCCUCGCGCGGCAGGUGUUGUCACGACACCCACAGCUGUAUGACGCGGGUGUGCAGGGCCGGGUCCAGGGUGACGCUGCGAGCGCACAUGCUCGUACUUAUGCAGCCCUCGCAGGCAGCGCGGGCGGCGAAGCUCCUGGCCAAUCCGUACCUCGCAUGGCACCAGAAUUGUUUGGGCAAGGUGGUGGCGGUGGUGGUCCGCCGCAGCAGCCUCAGCAGCAGCAACAGCAGUACAUGCAGCUGUACAUACAGGCGCAGCCGCAGCCCCGCAAUGAGCAGCAGCAAUGCCUGGCCGCAGCAGCGCGAUACCCGCAGCCCGCGGGCACUGGGCACCACGGCGGCGAGCAGGGGCCGGCGGGGGUCGGGGCGGCGGCGCGCGGUGGCCAGCCGCAUGCGCGAGGGGGCGAGCUGCAGCCACUCCAGCAAGUGCAGGACCAGCAGCAAGAAGAGCAGCUGAUCCAGUCGUUGCAGCAGCCUGACCAAGUUGACAAACUUCGCCAGGCACUAGGAAGGUCUGUGCAGCAGCGUGGGCGCUCAAGGGUACCCGCGCAACCGCAAGGGCAGGCACGCCAGGCUACUACCCCGCCGAACGAAGUGGCGGCAGCGGAGGUGGCGGAGGAGGCGGAGGAGGCGCAGGAGGAGGAGGAGGAGGAGGAUGGGGAGGUGGAGGAGGCGGAGGAGGAGCCGGACAAGCGAACGCUUACAGCAGAGUUCCGCAAUGGUCUGGCCGCGCACAUGGAGCAGCAGCUGCAGCAGCAGACUCCGGCGGCAGCGCUUCCACUGCAGCAGCAGCAGCAGCAAGCAGCUCCUACACAGUAUACCGCCACCCAUACAACGGCCCAUCUGGUGCCGCCACCGGGUGGCAAUGACUCGGAGGCGGAUGAUGAGGCGCCGGCUCCGGGUGACGAGGGCGAGCCGGCGUCGCGCAGGGAGAAGAAACAGCGGCGCAAGUCCGGCAGGAACAAGCGGCGCAACUCUGGCCACGAGCGGUCACGCAGCAUGCCGGCUGAUGAGCAGCCCAGCCCUUCACACCAACAGAAACGGCGUCAGGCGCAGGGCCUGGCCACGGCAACGGACACAGAGGCGGCGGGGGCGGGGCCGGCGGCGAUCCAGCCCGGGCCGCAGGAGCCGCAGCGCGUGCCAGACCAGGGCUCACACCUGCAGCCCAGCCCAGACGUCGCCAUGGGGGACGCAGACGGCCAGGCCGAGGGCCAGGCGCAGCAGCGGACGCCGGCGCACACGCCAGCGAUUGCCGGCGCGGCGGGCAGCGGGCGCGCUGUACGCUCUGGUGGAGCGCGUGCAGGCUCGGGCGGGGCCGCGGGCGGAAGCGGAGGCAGAGGGACCGCAUCGUUGGCGCAGGCUGGGCUGCUGCAGUCGCAGACCGGCAGUGGCCAGGAGGAGCUGCAGCUGCAGCUGCAGCAGCCGCAGCAGCAGCUCGCGCCAGAGGCCGCGCCGCCGCCGGCUCCCCUUGAGGCCGAGGACUUGGUGUCUGAGGACGAGGCCGACGGGGGCCACGAUCGGCUACCUCAGCAGCCGGGACGCCCUGAGCCGUCUUUGGCACCGACGAGUGUGGCGGGCGGUGCGAGCGGUGGCCGCGGCGACGCUGAUGUGGUAGCACGUCAGGAGGGCCCAGGGGUCUCAACGCGCAAGCGCCAGCGGGCUACCGGGGCGGCACAGCCGGCGCCCGCGCAGGCACAGCCCGCUCAGCGCGCGGCGGCUCGCGCUGGCGGCGGCGGGCCCGCCGCGGCGUUGGCAGGGGGCGCCGGCGCCCGGCCCGGCGCGAUCGACUUGGCGUCUGACGACGAUGAAGGGGAGGCCGAGCAGGCCGAGGCGGAGGAGGAGGCUCAGCCGCCGCCGCCGAAAGCGGCCCGCAGGGCGGGCGCUGCCGACAGGGACCAACCGCAGACGCUUGCAUCCUUGGAAAUGGUGCGCGAUGCCGCUGCUGGCGCGGCUGCCGCCACCGCAACAGCUUUCAAGGCCAAUGUCACCGUAACGGACAUCCGCAAUCGCGCCCGCGGAGCUGCGGCCCGCGCUGUGGUAACGGACCCCAAAGAGGUGCUUGACGUCGCCAAUUCUGAGGGCGAGGACGAAGAGGAGGAUCAGCAGGAGGCGGGCGGCGCUGCAGCGGCGGCAGGCGAAGGGGAGGACGAUAUGGAAGAGGUGGUGGUGGACGAGGAAGAGGACGAGGAGGAGGAUGACGACGAGGAGGAGGAGGAGGACGAGAUUGAGGAGGACAGCGACGAUGAUUACGUUGUGCCGCUGCAGGACCAGAAGCAGCGGGCCCGAGCGGCAGCAGAGGGGCAUGCAGCGGCGAGGGACCGCGCUGCUGCACAGGCGGGCGCGCCUGAGACUGCGACGGGUCCCCGGACGCGCCGCUCCGGCGCCUUGGAGCCGCCGCUGCGCCCGCAGCUGCCGCACUUUGGUGGUGGUCGCCAGGCGGGCGCGAAGGGCUGGCCCGCAGCCGGCGGCCAUGCCGCUGCUGCUGCAGGCGCCGGCGCAGCCGGUGCCGCAGCCGGCAGGGUGCCCCUGGAUACCAAGGCUGCGUUGGCCGCGGCGGCAAACGGUGCUGGGCGCGUGCAGGGCCUGCGCGGUCAGACGCUGGCGGGCACAGCCCCCCCCAAAGCUGGCGGUGCUCGACUGAUGCAGUCCACGAUAGGAGGCGGCCGCGCAGCCGCUGCGGUGCCCAAAGGCGCCCGCGGAGGCAAGCGGAAAAGCACGGGGGAGGGAGGCUCCGGGGGCGGACGCGGAGGCAGCCGCAAGCGGAAGUCCGGCGGGGAGGGUGGCGUCGAGAAGCGGCUGGGCGGUGGCCGAAAGCAGCAGCCUCAGAAACCACACAACCUCGACCCAAAGCAGCUUAUGUUUCAGCCGGCAGGGCGCCUGGACGCGGCUACCGCAGCGGCGAAUGACGAGGCGAUAGACUUGAUGGAUGACUGACAGCUUACUAGGAGCAGCAGCACUGUGUGGGAGAUCACUGGAGUUCGGAAGGAACGGCAGUUCAGCAUGCAGGCUCCAAUGCUGAGUUGGUUUGGGCGCGCAUGUUCGGGGCCGGUGCGCUGUGUUAAGAUAAGAGAUAGGUCUAGGCAGGCAACCACAGUCAACAUCGGGUGCUGUGAAUGUCGUAACGGCAGGACCGCAACGCGUGUAUUUGAUUGUGAACUGUGAGUUUGGGGCCACCGGGCGCGUGAAUUUGGUUGCGCAUGCGGUUCCAGUCGGCACGCCAUCAAAGGCUGGGCUUCACGCAGGGCAUGUCGCCGAAUGCGAACUCAUCUGCCAUGCUAAUCGGCGUGUCGGAGGUGUAACACAAGUUAGGUAACGGCGACUUCGGGCUAUCGAGACGCAGCUAUGGCUUUUGGGAGACAGCGUCAGGUGGUGGUGGUGGUGAUGGGAACUGGGCAGCACAGGCUGGGGUCAGUGGACAGUGGUGUAGAA